CUGGCCCAUCUCACGGAUGCAUGGUACUUCCUGCGUCUUCAGCAGGGGCAUUUUGAAGACGUCAACCUUGCCCUUCACGAGAAAUACGGCCCCAUCGUUCGAUACGGCCCGAACCGUUACAGCAUUAACGACGCCGAAGCAUCGAAAACUAUUUAUGCUCAUGGCAGUCAAUUCCCCAAGUCUGACUGGUACUCAAGCUUCGAACCAAACGAGAGCUUUUUCAACGUCUUCUCGGAUCGAUCGAUCGCACGCCAUGCAUACACUCGUCGAUUCUAUGCCCACGCUUUCUCCAUGACAUCCCUCGUCAACUACGAGCCAUACCUCGACGAAGCCGGUGAAAUAUUCUCUGAGAGGUUGAGAGAGUUUGCCAAAGCUGGGGCUCCAUUCGAUGCCGGCUACUGGUUCCAGUGCUUUGCUUUUGACGCUAUCGCGUAUGUCACGUACGGCAAGCGCCUCGGUUUCCUCGAUCGCGGAGACGACAUCGGCAAGUGCAUUCAGAGCCUCGACAAGAGCUUGAUCUACUCUAGUCUUGUCGGCAUCUAUCCCUCGAUUCAUCGCCACAUCCUCCCACUGAUCGCUCGUCUACUUCCCUUCAUCAACACAAAUCCCAUCAUGUACGUCCUGAACUUUACUCAGCAGAGAAUCGCCGAGGAGCGGGCCGCGCCAAAGUCCAUGGCCGAGCCCAAGGGCGACAAGGAAGCCGCUGGAAGAGGCGAGACGUUCUUGUCCAAGUACUUGGCGAAGCACUCCGAAGACCCCGAGGCCUUCACCAACCACCACAUUCUCAUGGGAUGUUCAAUGAACAUGUUCGCCGGAUCGGACACCACCGGUAUCAGUCUCUCUGCGACCAUGUACUACCUACUCAAGAACCCACGCUGCAUGGAGAAAUUACGCGGGGAGAUUGACGAUUUCACCAAGCGCGGCGAGUUGUCGGAGAAUCCUACAUUCAAGCAGACGCAAGAUAUGCCCUAUCUGCAGGCUGUCGUCAAAGAGGCAUUGCGUAUGCAUCCUGCAGUCGGGUUGCCCUUGGAACGGGUUGUCCCCGAAGGCGGCGCCACAAUCGCUGGCCGUUUCUUCCCGGAAGGUACCGUGGUCGGAGUCAACAGCUGGGUUCAGCACCAAAACAAGAGUCUUUACGGAGAGGAUGCAAGCCAGUUCCGCCCUGAGCGCUGGCUCAUCGAUGAUGAGGAACGACUGUCGGUCAUGAAUCGCAACUGGAUGCCGUUUGGACUGGGAUCGCGAACGUGUUUGGGAAAGAACGUCUCAAUCUUGGAGAUGACGAAACUUAUUCCAAGAAUCAUCAGGGACUUUGACUUUGGACUGGAUGGAAACACAGCGGCACCCAAAGGCUCAUGGACAACGAGAAAUGCCUGGUUUGUGAAGCCACAAAACUUCUACGUCAGAGUCCAGCCUAGGAACGCCGCAUGA